UGAAGUUUCCAUAUAGGCGGUGCAGUCGCACCUUUACUCCAGCAUGGCUAACUGGCUAAAACGCCAUUACGUAUCUGCUUCUUCUUCUUCAGUGUUGUUUAUCAGGUGACCACACACAGUCAUUCGGAGGAUACUUUGUCUUUAAAUCUUUAUUUGAGCCAUUUCGGGAUUCCUUUGGCACAAGCCGAGCAGCAGGACUGCCCUCCUCCGCCAAUUUCAAGCAGGUCUCGGCCGUUACUUUCCACACACACAAAAUCUUGUGAGGUUAUUGGUGUGAAUGGUGUUGGAAUGCUACAGGAUUAUCAUCUGACCUUUUAAUCAGAAGAAGCAAAGCAGCCAAAACACUAAACUGAAAGCUUUCUGAAGAACGCUUUGCCGCUCUACAAUGCAUUUGAGGCUACAAUGUCUACAAUGAAACAUGUUGUCCAGAAGGACAAUGAGCAGAAGGCUGAUAAAAUGUUGGACUGGAGUUACAUUGAAUGGGUGGAAAAUGAAGUUUUCACGCCAGGUGUGGCAAAUGCAGAGACCCAAACAGAUGGCGGGCCUUCUGAGCACAAGGAGUGUCAAACCAGCAACCCGGUGAUAAUGCACAUCGAACUCACACGGACACACUCCAAGCUGAGACAUCAGCUGCUUGAUAAUGAUGGAAUUGUAGCACCUUUUUUCCAGUUUGACCGGCAAGCUCCCAGUCGCAUCUCCACCUCUCCCACCUUAAGGAGAAUGAGGAGCACCCGACGACCCGUGUUGGAGUCCAGGGAUCCUGCCGAAAUGGGAAGCACUCAGGAGGAGCCCUCACCUGCCAUCUCGUCAUCACCUUUACGUAGAGUAAAGUCUCCUCUCGCAAUGAGCCCCCUUCUCUCUGAUGGGGAGAUCUGUCAUGAACUUCCCCCAAUUUCAUCCUGUGGCCGACAGAGAACCAGAUCACACAGAUCAAAGACCUUUGACAAUCGUAUCGCUUCCAUGAAGCCAGAAUGUCACAGUGCUUAUCCUGCUAUUAUGAAAGAUUUUGGAUUUCCUGAUUGUGAAUUACAGGAGAAGGAGCAUCACCCUAAUAGGCUACAGGAAAGAAGGCGGAGCUCUGUAGUGGUCAGCUUGUCUGGAUUGGACGUUUCACCGGGUGACCUGUUUGUAUCCAAUGGAGCAGCUGACAUACUAAACAACUCUAACUUCUCUGAUACAAAGAAGUCAAAGUGGCCUUUUCCAAGGCGUAGCACGACUAAAGGGAAGUCUCAAAACAGCACCUUGUCAGUUAUUGACAAAUACCUCUCCACAGCGCAAAUUCAGGACUGGAGAAACUGCGACCUUCAGAAAUAUAAGGACUACUCCCUAGCAGAGUUCUUACAGGACCAGUCCUCCCAGUGGUGCUCGACUUCUGACCCUCUGGCCUCCAAGAGACAAGAGGCCAUCUGGGAGCUCUUCACCAGCGAGUGUGUUUACUUCCUGGAUCAGCUCAUGGUUCUCAAAGAGGUGUUUUUGGCUACACUCACGAACCUUCAGACAAGGAACUGCCUGGCCGAUAUUGAUUCCUGGAGGCUGUUUGCAAAUCUCAAUGAGCUUUGCUUGGUGAGCUUUGGUUUUUUGAGCAACCUCCUGCGUGCUAUUAAGGACUCGUUGGACAUCAGUAAUCGUGGUGGGCCCACUUUGAUGGAACUGCUGAGCAAUGUUUUUCAGGAGAGCAUAUGCCACUGCCUGCAGAAGUACUGCCUCAACUACUCCACAGCUUUGAUUUAUCUGGACAGCCUGAAGCCCAGAGAGGACUUUGGAUCUUAUGUCAAGUGGUGUGAGCGGAAUGAGCAGUGUCGCCGUCUGCAACUGCGUGACCUGCUGGUGGCGCCAUUGCAGAGGCUUACCCGGUACCCGCUGCUACUACGGAACAUCGCAAGACGGUUUCAGACGGAGGAGGAAAGAAGGGAUGUGCAGGCUGUCGCGGAGCAAGUGGACGUGUCUAUAUGUGACCUGGAGGGAAAGGUCAAGUGGCUGGACAACUAUCAGAAGGUCAAACAGCUGAGAGACGCACUGGUGUGGCUUCCUGUGUGGGAGCGGGACAAGCGAGCCAUCAUCCCAGAGAACCUGAAACAUCUGCUGAAAGCCGUAACGCUUGAGAAUCUGAUUUCUCACAGAAGUCUGCUGCAUGACGGCAAACUGGUGCUGACAGAGAACACUAAGCUCCUAGACGUCUAUCUGUUCCUCUUUGAUGAAUUCCUGCUGAUCACGAAGAUAAAGAGAAACAAGAAGAGGUCCAUCGGUCCAGAACAGAAUCCCCUGAAGUUGCCGCAGAACCUGGAGCUGGAACAGCUGCUGAAGGAAGGAUGCACCUUCACGGUUCUUGACCAGCCCAUCUCUUUGGACCGUCUCCAGCUCAGGAACAUUGAUCAGCUCAACGCAUCGACAUCAGGGCUUCCUCAUUCCUUCAUAAUAAUGCACCAGAACCGCUACCAGCAGUGUAUCGGUGCAUUCAUCUUGCAGGCUGGGUCGGAGUCUUCCAAGAGGGCAUGGAUUUCAAAGAUAGAGGACGCUGUAUCUGCCUUGCUGAAGCUGGACUCUCAGCAGCCGCGAGUCAGGAGCGCCUCACUGUGGUUAGAGUCGUCACAGAUAUGAACGGUCGGACUGCAUUAGUAGAAAAAGCCAUCAGAGAUGCACCGCUUUCAUUGUGCACUUAACCGUCCCACACGUCUCGCCAAUGACUCCACUAGCAUGAGCGUACUGUACAUUUGUGAACUUGUAGUUUGCCUUGAGGGGCUCUGCUACUGCUGUAGAGUAUAAUUAAAGCUUUGGUCAUGUUUAUGGAUUCUUCUUCUUACACUUACAAUCACACAGGGUUUUAACUGCUUCGGUCAUAUGGGAUUUUCUGCAGCAGUUUGCUUAAAAACCUCUUGAGCCUGUAAUACCCUGGCACCAGAGGCAACAAACAAAAGUCCCAGAAAUUUUUUUUAUAAAUGUUUAUAAAUGUUGUGUUCCCUCGCAACAUCGCGGUUCCCCUUUCGCGGAUUCUUUAAGUGCAAUUUUGCAUUUUUUAUUUAACAGAACGGGCAUUGUGUUCUGUGUCCUUGUGGCGUAUUAGAGCCAUCUAUUGGUGAUCUGUUGUAUGUCUGGUUUUGUAUUUACUACUGCUACCAGUAGAGGGUGCUGUAUACUCAUGUUGAAGACAGUGCGGCUCCCCCUCCUCUCAGUGUGUGUUUACUUGCCUGUACGAGCAUAUGAGAAGUCCAGACAGUAGCUGGGUAAAUAUAUAGCCACAAGAGUCCUCAUUGGCUAAGGGAGAACCCGCUCAUUGUGUUCUGCGUCCUGAUUGGCUGUAGACCGUUGUCACUCUCCGUGCCGUUUCCGGUUGUGGUCAAUAGUCGCUUGCAAACUAGCUGUGAGCUGCUUGCUAACCGCGAGUAAACAAUAGAAUAAGAAGCUAAUGGGCUAAAUGAAUCCUAGGUUGAAGGGGUUGGACGAAGAGAACAAUUAUUAACAAGGGAACACUAAAUGGGCAAAUGUGAAAAAUAAGCCAACUGAGACAACCACCAAGACAAUCUUCGCCUUGUAACGUGAUUGUCAGACGGGGUGGGAGGCGGGGCUAUCUAGUGCUAACAUUUCAAGGUCGUCAGGUCUGUGUCUUUAUUCAUGCUUGAAAUAUUCUGGUGCGGUGGGAGGGGUUCAAUGACAGAAAAUAGGGGACCACUGUGCAAAUAGUCACACCAAACAAGUGGGAACAUACUAAUGUUUUAUUUAGUUUGUCAAUUUGAUUUAGAAAAUGAACAGAUUCAAGUGCGCAUGGAUAAUUUUUUCUCGACAUUGAUCACAUAUAGAUCACCCUGGCAGAGGUAACACACAGUGCAUGAAGGCAACACCUUCACAGCCACCAAACGGGACCACUGCAAACAACCAUGCAUGAUUGCGGACAGACGGUAAAAAAAUAAAAUUCAGUGACAACAGGUCUGUGGUGGUGGCAUGCUGUAAAAAAAAUGACAAAUGGUGAAUAAACACAAAUGUUACAUAUCUUGUCAAAACAUUUAAAGGUAAUUGUCAGCCUUAGUAUUAGAAGCAUUUUAAAUAUACGUUGGACUACAAUGUUGAAACCUGUACAACCUCAGUGAUCCUACAUGACAAGGUGGGCUCUCAAGUGAUUAAGGUGUCUUUUUCUGAUUGCACUGCAGAGCAUGACGAACGUAUUUAAGGUUGAAAGUCUUUCUGCCAAUCUGAGGUAGACAAUUCAUGAGGAGUCAUGAAGCUGAGAUGGACAUUCUUUAUAAGGACAAAGUUUAGAGAGCAGAAGUCUAACAUGGUUUUCUUUUGUUUGCGCCUGCUUCAUUGCUUAGACGGCACUAAAAUAAGAGACUUGUAAUCAUAUUUGACAACUGCAGUCAUAAAUCAUAAACAAGCUGCAUGACACAGCUGUAUGAUAGCGAAAACAACCACGACACUUGAAGGCAGCGCUGAAGUUCUGGCAGGUGGUUUUACAAUGUGCAUCUUGACAGCACAAGACAACAGGCCUAUAUUACACACACACACACAACCAAUUAUUGCUAUAAAGCACAACACACGCACAUAAGGUCCAACAGUAGUAAAUGAAUUAACAAGAAAAGAAAUCAACAUGCAAGUACAUUUAAUGACUGCAUUAACAGUCUGUCAUGUCUAUGUGUGUAGAUUAAAGUAAUGUAGAUUUAAAACUCAAAAUGUUUUGAUAAAAUACUGGAAUAUGAAACGUUUCUCUCUCCUUGCCAGACAUUCUUUGGUCAGGAUAUAUAAUGUCAAAGGGGGGGGGGCUGCCAAGGGCCCCAUUGGAGAAAAAAAAAAUCCCAUUGGGAUCCCCCCGGGAGAUGUCACAUUUCUACACACUGCACCCCUCACGUCAAACGUGUGUGUUCUGUGUACAUCAGCGUUGGAAAGAUGUACUGUGCAGUACAACAAAAACAUUUUAUUGUUGAAAUAUGUGUUCUUGACAUUUCUUUAUGGUUUACCAUGUAUAUUCAGGAAAUGCUUUGCCAACAAUUAGUGCUAGUUAGAUGUGGUUGUCAUAAAUAAAACAGUUA